AUGCUACAACUGCUUGAGGAGGAGAAGUUUGAUCUGACGUGGCGGUCAACCAUCUACAACUUGCCAAAAGGUAUUUUAAGUUUCGCGGUGCGCGCCUCCAUAGACGCCCUGCCUACCUUCUGUAACCUGGCGACGUGGGGGAAACGUAGCAGUGACAGAUGCAAACUGUGCGGGAAGCGGGAAACACUUCACCACGUUCUGAACCACUGCAGUGUCUCUCUUCAACAAGGACGCUACACAUUCCGACACAACGCCAUACUGAAGCACAUAACGGACAGCAUACAGGACGCCAUUGACCUCUCACAGAUCACCGCCACUCUAUAUGCCGACAUCCAAGGACACACGACCAACGGGGGGACUCUGCCGGUACACAUACUGCCUACAACACAGAAACCUGACUUAGUCACUUACCUUCGAGAACAAAACACAAUCCAUAUUCAGGAACUGACCGUGCCGUUUGAACAGAAUAUCAAAACCAGUCACGACCGUAAGGUCAACAAGUAUGCAGCCCUAGCGGCAGACCUUAGAACAGGCAUCACCACAACUCUUACCUGCUUCGAGAUCGGAUCCAGGGGUCUCAUCACACCCGACAACAAGAGCAGACUUAGGACACUGUUUCAUGUAGUUAAGUCAAAACCACCAAAGAACUUCUUUAAAGACAUUAGCCGCAUUGCCAUUUUAUCGUCCUAUGCUAUAUGGAAUGCACGUCACGAGCCGAAUUGGGACUCAGAUACCUUACUGUAA